AUGAGUGCCAGCGAGCUCUUCGAGGAGGAGCGCCUUCCGUGGUAUAGCCAUGAUCAGUUUUAUCCAGCACGACCUGGUGAGAUUCUCGAUUCUAGCUUUAAGAUUAUAGGAAAACUCGGUUACGGUGCAUACUCCACGGUCUGGCUGUGUCGGGAUAUUCGGGAUAUUCAAGAACGAGACGCUGGCUUCGUCGCUGACUUCGUCGCUGUCAAGAUUUGUACCCGAGAUGCCGAAAAGACCCCACAGCUCAAUCGAGAGCUAGACUUUUACGAGCAUGUCAGUUCUAUACAAUCACAGCAUCGCGGCCAAGCAUACAUCCGCGAACUGUAUGGCGAAUUUGAGCUCGACGGUCCGACUGGCAAACACUUGUGCUUUGUUCAUCCACCCAUGCACAUGACUAUUCGACAGCUCCAGUAUUACAACCCAGCACACAAGCUCGACGUUCCGCUUCUAAAGUUCACGCUAGCCAACGUGCUAAAGGCACUGUCGUUCUUACACGACGAGGCUAAGGUCUUAGACAUCAAUCCUGGGAAUAUCAUGCUGACUGUGAAUGAUAACACUAUCCUGGAAAACUUCGAGAAAGCUGAAGCAGAAAACCCGUCACCAUCCAAAGUGAUUGACGACGCACGCACCAUUUACAGUUCCCGUAAGCUUCCCCAUCCUACGGGUGGUCUUUGGGGCCGACCAGUUCUCUGUGACUUUGGAGAAGCGCGGAUAGGAGAUUCCCACUCCGGCUUUAUUCAGCCUGAGCUAUACCGUGCACCAGAGAUAAUUUUCCAGAUGGAGUGGGACUCCAAGGUGGACAUUUGGAGUCUCGCCACGUUGGUGUGGGACUUGUUUGAAGAUGAGCAUCUGUUCGACGCCCGUGACACCGAGGGCAACCCAUCAGGGACACAUCAUGUUUCCGAAAUGGUUGCAUACCUUGGAAUGCCUCCGCUUGAAUACACACAAAGCAACGACAUAACAAAGAUUCUCUUCGACAAGCAAGGACACUGGACGGGUGGCUCCAAGAGUGUACCUAUUCCUAAGAUCUCACUCGAGGAAAGAGUCUCUGCGCUUGAAGGGGAGGAAAAGGAAUUGUUUCUCGAUUUCAUACGCUCGAUGCUCAGAUGGCGGCCGGAAGACAGGAAAUCGGCGACUGAACUCCUGAAGCACCCAUGGAUGGCCGACAUGAAGUAG